UUUUUAUCUAUUGCAGCGGCCAUGGAGGAAAAGUCAUUCAUCAUACCGCAAGAUUUUGAGUCCGUCGGGGAGUAUGCUAAAGUUCGAACUUCCCUGAUCAAUACCGAGAAGAGCAUAGGCUGUGAAGGCAGGACCCCGCUUGCCGACAUCGAAAGCCAAGCUCAGCAAAUCGUGCAAAAUCUCAAGAUAUGGGAGAAGAAAAACCUACACUGCGUCUAUCCCGACGGCUGCGGGUGGGAGGCCGGUCAUCACUUCCUGCAUGGGCUGGAUGCCAUCGACAAGAGCCGCGUGUACAAGAUCGUGCAGGCAGCACCAAAGGGAGCUCUUUUGCACUGUCAUUUUGACAACAUCCUACCCCCACAGACCCUCCUCGAGUCGGCAAGGACGCAGGAGAACCUCUACAUCAAAACCGACUGCCCCCUGACUUCCAAGUGCUUCUUCGAUGGCGCGCUCCCCCAGUUUCGCUUGCUGCCCGAGGUUGUGGCCGUCAGCGCGACGAACAACAUCUUUGCCAAGACGUACGUUGCGGGGUCGUGGAUGAAGUACUCGGAAUUCUUGGUCCUGUUCCCCGGCGGGCCGACCCGGGCAGAGGCAUGGCUCAGCAAGCAAAUGGUGAUAGGACCCGAGGAUGCUUACCAUCCGAACCAGACUGUUGAUGGUAUUUGGCGCCAGUUCCAGCGGAGUGUCAAUAUCAUGCGAUCGCUUCUCUCCUACGAGUCAGCAUAUCGUCAGCAUUUCCGUAACAUCUUGUGGAAGUUUGCCCAAGACGGCGUAUCGUAUGCUGAAAUACGCUUCGCCAUGACAAGGGCAUUUGCCAUCCAGAGCGACGACGGAAAGCACGAGUACAGACAUCAUGAAGUCGCCCGGAUGCUUUCGGAAAUACUCGCCCAAGAGACGCCUAAGAUCAGGGAUGCUGGUUACGACUUUCACGGUGUGAAAGUCAUUUAUGCUGGUCUGCGCUUUGCAAGCAGGGAUGACAUGAAGUGGAGCAUCGACAAUUGCAUAGAGCUAAAGCAGGAGUUUCCGGAUUUGAUCUGCGGUUGGUCUUGGCUUCGCCCCUUCGACCUCCAAGGCCAAGAAGACUCGGGCCAGACAUUGCUGUACUGGAUCGAGGAGCUUUUGGAUAUGCGAUCUAGGAUCAAGCAGCUGAACCUAGAUCUCCCUUUUGUCCUGCACGCAGGCGAGACGCUCGAUCACGGAGGUGACACGGACUCGAACCUCGUUGACGCCAUUCUGUUGGGAGCCAAGCGGAUCGGACACGGGUUUAGUCUCCCGAAGCACCCUCUACUGAUGGAGCUGUGCAAGGAGAAGAAGAUUGUAAUCGAAGCCUGUCCGGUAUCCAACGAGGUGCUGGGUCUUUGCCCUACCAUCAAGCUACAUCAUCUACCCGUUCUGAUGUCCAACUGCAUCCCUUGCACCAUCAACAGCGACGACCCGGGAUCUUGGGGGUCGAGUGUGAUGUCGCACGAUUUCUAUCAAGCCUUGGUCGGGACGGAAAGCACGACGCUUAUAGGCCUCCGUACCACAGCCGAGUGGAGUAUCGAGUACAGCAACAUGAGCACCGAGAUUCGCGAGCAGGCUGGUCAAAGUUUCCGCGAGAAAUGGAUCAAAUUUUGUCAGUGGGUUGUUGACACUUACGGAGACAAGGUGUAG